CGGCACCAAUUUCAAGCAAGGAUUUGACAAAGCCGGUCGAGGGGUUUCUGUAUUCUCAUCUUCUAAGUUCACCGUAUACGUAGAGAAUCAUGGGUCGUAAGCGCAAGGCUGAUGCUGAUGUCCCAGCUGCAGUUGAAGAGGACGAGCCUGUAGAAGAUGCCCCAGCUGCUGAGGAGGAAUCAGCUGAAGAUGAGGAUGCUACAGAUGAUAAUGAAGAUGCUGGAAAGGAUGGUGCUGGCGAUGCCCCUGUUGUAAAGAGAGGACGUGGAAGACCACCAAAGGCGGGUGGUCCUGCCAAACCUAAGGCUGCAGUGUCUGUCAAGUCAGCUGAUGGGCCCAAGAGAGGUCGUGGUCGCCCAAGGAAAGCGAUUGAACGGUUAACAUAUACAACGAUGACCUCCGGCAGACCCAGUCGCAGAUCAGAUCGUGUCCGGGAAGAUAGCAGUCCCACCGUAGUUUACCGCGGCUCGCAUAGCAGUUCCGUUCCCUCUGGUAGCGCAUUGGAGCUAAGACGUCUCACCGUGGAACAGAAACGUUUAAAUCUCGAGCAUGAGCGGUUUGCUCUCGAGCAAGAACGCCUGGAAAUGGACAGCAAAAACUGGGACAUGUUGCAAGAGACUUUGUCACAUAUCGCACAAAGCCUUGGAAAGGAUGGAGUGCCCAAAAAUAAGAGCGAAUAAAUUUUGACGUCAUACUGUUUUCACCAACAUGGACAUUUACUUCUUGUCGACAUUUGUCUUGUGGCCGUUGUUGUGCAGUCCUGUUAGUCACUGGACAUUUUAAGUUUCAUUUGCCGUUGUUGACAUUUGAGAGAAGCUUUUCUUUGCUUACCAUUGCUUUUUAUGCACCAAGACUGGCAAGAGGAUGAGGUGUUUGCACUGAGAAGGAAUUUCCUCACAUUUUGAAACAACUGAAGCCAGAACCUUCUUUUUGUCAGUCUUGAUUCCUUGAGUGAAAGAAUAAACCUCUGCACAAAUAUUUCUUUAGUCUUAGCAUCUAAGUUUUUUCUUGUCCAUUAUUCACUGACAUUCAUGUCCAUGUAGCUUUCAAGUUGUGGUUCCAUUUUCAAGCAUAUUGAGUCCUUGGUGUUUACUGAGAUUAUUUUCAUCUAAGAUACAGUUUGCCAGUGUACAUUACACUUUGUACUGUUCUUGUCUCAAAGUGCAUACCUCAAUUUACAUUGUCAACAAAUCACUCUAUCAAGUAUAAUGUUUUUUUAAACUCUCCAAAAAUUUCUUUUGGGUUUGCUUUUUUGUGAGGAGACUUCAUUUGGUUUCCAUUGUUGAAACUAUGUGACAGAAAUUAUUAUAUAUCACAUAGUUUGUAUGAAUGAAAUAAAUAAAAAAUGUUCAUGUAGCUCAAGUGAGUCUGAUGAAAUCAUGAGGAUUAACUCUGAUCUACUUAACUUAUCAAAUGGCAGCAAUAAAAAUUCAUUCAUUUACAUCUUAUCAAUAUUCAUUCAUCCAUUGUAUUCAUCAAAAUAAUUUGCAGCUGUACAAUUCCAGUAAUCAGUAGUUCGUAUUUUUGAGUCAUUAACCAUUCAUUGUAAGAAAAAGUUCAUUCACAGUUUUUGCGGCCUUUGACUGCCUUGUAAAUUGUGCUAUUGGUUAUUUUCUAACUGCAAAAAACACUGCCAACUGGGCUGAAUAAUGUCAAAAUACUGUAAUUCCGAGACAAAAAAGUUCUUCCCAGGUUUAAUUUGUUUUGUAACUUUCCGAGCAGCGGGCUUAAAUGUGCAAUGACACUGCAAUAUUGUUUGAGAAUAGAUCUAACACAUAGAACCUUACCUUUUAUAAAGAUGUUUUUGUUGGAUUUGUGGGCAGGAUAUUGUAUUGUAAACUCCUCGUCGAAACUGAAGAAGAAGAUGAACAGGCUACAUAAAAACAUUCUGUAUUUUUCACUGCUUGCUCUGCAUUUAUUAUCAGCAAGAAUUAAAAACAGGUUGCGAGUUAGAUCUUGCCAGUAAGGUCGAUAGCUGAUAAGAAUAUUACACUUACAACCAAAAUCCUUGCUUGUGUUGCCAACCCAUUCCAUCCCUGUUACAAAUCCAAAGUUAGACCUUCUGUGAGAUUCAAUUAUUUAAUAGACCUUUAGAUGUUUUAGAUCAUGUCAUAUACCAUUGUUGUUGUAUAAGUGGAAUCCUAAAUGUUUUAUCCAAUGUUUCUAGGAGCUAUUCAGAAUCUUUUAUGAAUAAACUUUUAUUCGAAACUGAUUUGUUUUCUUCUGAUUGAAAAGUUUUGUAAAUGGCCUGGUGCCCUUGCAUGUAGAUUCGAAUCGUGAGAUCCUUUUGAUAUUAUAGAUUUGUAUGUCAGUGUUGGGAAGUAGCCAUAGACCUUGUGCCAAAGAAUGGAUCUCGAGCACUUUAAAAACGGUAGACCACCAGCAGGACCAGUCAUUCUAAUCUUACUUUUUAACAUCCCCAAAGCUUGCAUACCAGUAGUACAGAACAAACUCUCUCAGAUGAGAACCAAGCGUCUAUGUACUUGUAUGUUCCAUUAUGAGGUGCUUGGCUACAAACCUGGAAAAUUAUUUGUGUGGAAUUGGCUGGCAUGAACUCCCUCUCUUGUAAAACUCGGGAUUCCCAGCACCACAAGGGAGAUGAAGGUUCCCAAAAAAGUUUUCCGAAGUUGUGAAAACAGCCAAGAAGUUAAAAAAGACUACUUCAAGGCAAAUCGAUUCCUGCAAGCCCAUACCUGCUACUAAAAUGACCCACAAGGUAUGAUACUUGUACUUUAUUGAACCUUGUAUGUUAUGUAACAUUAAGUAUUCCCAACGCAUAUUCUGUCCAAUCUUUAAAAUGAGCUUUUACUUCAUAAAAAUGUGCUUAAGUAUUCUGAAUAUU